GGCGGCUGAGGCCGGCUCUGCUGCGCCCGUCUCGGGUCGCCAGCCGUCCCCCUGAGCCGCCGCCGUCAUGCUGCUGCCCGUGUUCACCCUGAAACUGCGCCACAAAAUCAACCCCCGUAUGGUGGCCGUAGGGCGCUACGAUGGGAUUCAUCCAUGCCUGGCAGCUGCCACCCAAGCGGGCAAGGUUUUUAUUCACAAUCCUCAUAAACGGAGCCAGCAUUUCAGUGUGUCCAGAGUCUUGCAGAGCCCCCUGGAGUCCGAUGUUUCGCUUCUCAACAUUAACCAGGCAGUCAGCUGCCUGACUGCAGGAGUGCUGAACCCUGAACUUGGCUAUGACACUCUGUUAGUGGGGACACAGACUAACCUUUUGGCUUAUGAUGUCUACAAUAAUUCAGAUUUGUUCUACAGAGAGAAGAGAAAAGAACAUUGUAUUUUAGACGACUAUUUUGAAAAUUGAGGUAACAUUAAUUUAUAGCAUUAUAUAGGUAUUAGGUGAUACCUGACUCAGUUGAAUUGGUUUAUCCAGGUUUUUUUUACUAAGUGUAUAUAUAAUUGAUUUUUUUUUCUUUUUACAAAAUGGUAUCAUACUGUAUAAGUGUAGCCUUUUACUUUUUUCCUGUAAUAGCUACAUUAAGAUAUAAUUUCUAUACCAUACAAUUCAGUGGUUUUAGUUUAUCCAGAGAGUUGUACAGCCAUCACUACAAUCAAUUUUAGAAAAUUUUCAUUAUCCCAAUAGAAGCCCAAGCCCAUCAGUAGACACCUCCCAUUUUCCCUCAACUUCUCAUCCUUAGACAACCACUCAUCUACUUUCUGUCUCUAUAGCUUUGCCUAUUCCGGGUUUUUCAUAUAAAUGACAUCAUAUAAUAUGUGGCCUUUUGUCACUGACUUCUUUCCCUUAACGUAAUAUUGCCAGGCUUGAUCCUUGUGGUGGCAUGUACUUCAUUCUUUUUGGGACUGAAUAAUAUUUUGUUGUAUGUAUAUACCAUGUUUUAUUAUCCAGUUGUUAGUUAAUGGACAUUUGGGUUGUUUCCAUUCCAUGGCCUUUUUAUUCAAUAUUAUUUUGUGAACAUCUUUAUAUGAGGUAUCUCUAUAUCUAUGUUUUAUUCUUAUUGAUUGCAUAGUAUUUCAUUGUGUUAAUAUAUCAAAAUUUGUUUAAUUCCAUAUAGCUGCAUAUUUAUGUUAUUUCCAUAGUUCAUACUUUGAUAUGCUCAGAUUUUUGCCAGUUUCUCUAUUUCCUAAGAUAAGUUCCUAGAAAAGCAAUUACCUUUUUUUUUUUGGUAUUUUUUAUUUGGGUAAAAUGUACAGUGAAAUGCACAGACCUUAAACUAUACGACAUUUCCAUCACUUAGAAAAUGUUUUUGUGUCCUGUGCCAGGAAAUUUCUGUUCUCCAUAGACAAUCACUGUUGCUCUGAUAGCUAUAGAUUAGCUUUCCCUAUUCUUGAAUUUCACACAAAUGGAAUCAUACAGAAUAUAUUCUUUCUUGUCUGGCUUCUUUCACUCCAUGUAUUUGUAAAAAUCAUCCAUGUUGUUGCUCAUGACUUUAGUUCUUGUUCAUUGCUGAGUGGUAUUCCAUUGUGAGACUAUAUCAUAAUUGCUUAUCUGUUCUUUCAUGAUAGACUUGUGGGAGGGACACUGGAGCUGUUAAUAGUUUUUGACCUCUAUGAAUAAAAUUGCUAUAAACAUUUUUAUAUGAGUCUUUUGUGGCCUUUUUUUUAAAGAUUUAUUUAUUUAUGCAUACAGGAACUGGGGUGUAGGCCAGAGGUGUGGGGGAUGAGAGAAUUCACCAGAGACAGAGUGGGGAGCAGAACAGGCAGAUCUACCGAAAUCCACUGCUGAGGGGAGCAGCGGGUGAGACAGGCGAGGUCUGCUAUGCCAUGUGGGUUAGCUCCUUGGCCAGGGAUUAAACUCAUGUUGCAGUGGCUGGCAAUAGCUUAAUAGUGCUGUGUCUUUAACCCCUGCACCACAAGGGAGGCCUAGUGGACAUAUGUUUUAAUAUAUCUUGAGUAAAUACAUAUGAGUGGUUGUAUCAUCUUACCCUUCCAUCAGAAGAGUAUGAGAGUUCCAGUUGUCCCAUAUUCUUUGUAAUUUUUGGUGCUAUGUCUUUUAAUUUUAGCCAUUUUAUUUAUUUACUUAUCUUAAAGAUUUAAUGUUUUAAUGUUAAGUAGUAUCUCAUUGUGGUUUCAUUUUGCAUUUCCUC